AUGUACUUCCAGCUUCAAAAUCUUGAAAAGCAUUCCAGCGUGCUUGAAUCAGCCCGCGAUGAGCUUCUGGCUAUGCUAGCGGAAACUAUUUCGCUCGCCCUCGAGGAUGGCAAAAAGGGUAUACUCCGCAUCGAUACCUACGAUGCAAAACGACCCCGGGAAUUCAUCAACGAAGAACAAGAGGGGAUCAUGAUGGAAUGGGCGAAAUACCUCAGUCGAAGGUCACUUGGAAAACACCCAGAACUAUUCGGGACGAUUGAUGAAGCUCAAAGAGUCACCAAGAAUACAUGGCAGAUUCUAUCGGAGGAGCUCGGUGAUGGGGAUCCGAACGAGAACCAUGUCUUUGUCUAUGCGAAGCUUCUUAAAGAAGUCGGGUGCUCUCUUCCAGAUCCUGGAAGUCGCGACUUCAUCAAACCAUCGUUUCUAGCGGCCAUGGAUGAUGAGCGGUCCUGGAAAGCGGUCGUUGCCCAGCUUCUCAUUUCACUGCUCCCUCUCGAGUUUCUUCCCGAAGUACUCGGCUUCAACCUUCACUACGAGCUUGUCAGCUUAGAAGCGAUGACGGCAGCUCGUGAGUUGAAGGAUCUUGGUGUCGACCCUUCCUACUUCCUCCUUCAUAUAUGUAUCGGUAACGCGGACUCUGGACACACCGCGAUGGCGUUGAUGAACGUCAUCGACUAUCUUGAAACGAUCAAAGAGACUGGUUGUAAGAGGACUAUUGACGAACAAUGA